AUCUCGGGCAAGGGUUUUGUGCUGCGUCUCGUCCUUUCCAACCACUCGGCUGUUUCUCGCCUGCCUUCUUCUCCUUCCCCGCCGCCUUCUGUUCCUCUUCCCGCUCCCCACCUGCCUCUUUUCCUCUCUUCUCUGCCUCUUCUUCUUCUUUUCUUUUUCUUCUCUUCUUUUCUUCUUCCUCUUCUUUCCUCCCUCCCCGUGGCCCUGCAGACCCCCAUCAACCCUCCUGCCAUGCCGCCUCCUCAAAUCCUUCAGCAGCCCGCCUCUGGCCCUCCUACCGUCGUCCAGCAGCAGCAGACCCAGAAUGGCGCUGCUCCUCCCGUCGCCGCCUACGUCAAGCUCCAGGCCAUCAACGAGCAGGCAUGGCUCUCAAUCGGCAACAUCGCCGAUAUGAUGGGCGACCACGAUCGUGCCAUCCACGCUUACGAAGCCGUCCUCCGCCAUAACCCCUACUCAAUACCCGCCAUGUCCGCGAUCGCAAACAUCCUCCGUCAGAAAGAGCAGUUUGGCCGUGCCAUCGAGUACUACCAGUCUAUCCUCUCCUUCUCGCAGGACUCCGGCGAGACCUGGGGCGCCCUCGGCCACUGCUACCUCAUGAUGGACGACUUGCAAAAGGCCUACUCCGCCUACCAGCAAGCCCUCUACCAUCUGCGUGACCCCAAAGAACCCAAGCUUUGGUACGGAAUCGGCAUCCUCUACGACCGCUACGGAUCGCUCGAGUAUGCCGAAGAGGCUUUCACCCAGGUCAUGGCCAUGGAUCCCUCCUUCGACAAGGCAAACGAAAUCUACUUCCGCCUCGGUAUCAUAUACAAGCAGCAGCAGAAGCAUGAUCUCUCGCUCCAGUGCUUCAAGUACAUCCUCCACAACCCUCCUCGACCCCUUACCGAAAUCGACAUCUGGUUCCAGAUCGGUCAUGUCUACGAGCAGCGCAAGGAUUACAAAGCAGCAAAGGAGGCGUACGAAAGAGUCCUGCUCGAAGAUCCUCAUCACGCAAAGGUUCUCCAGCAGCUCGGCUGGCUCUACCACCAACAAAACUCCUCGUUCGCCAACCAGGAUCUGGCCAUCACCUACCUCACCAAGUCUCUCGAGGCAGACGGUCAAGACGCUCAGUCCUGGUAUUUGCUUGGUCGUUGCUACAUGACCCAGCAGAAAUACAACAAAGCCUACGAGGCUUACCAGCAGGCCGUCUACCGCGAAGGCAGAAACCCGACUUUCUGGUGCUCCAUUGGUGUUUUGUAUUACCAAAUCAACCAGUACCGCGACGCCUUGGACGCCUACUCGCGUGCCAUCCGCCUCAAUCCGUACAUCUCCGAAGUAUGGUACGAUCUCGGUACCCUCUACGAGUCCUGCAACAACCAGCUCUCGGACGCUCUCGACGCCUACCAGCGCGCUGCCGAGCUCGAUCCGAAGAACACACAUAUUCAAGCGCGUCUCGAACAGCUGCGCAACCCGCAGGCGCAGGCCCAGAACGGUGCUCAGCAGCCUGGCCAGCCUCCAGCCCCUCGCCCACACGACCCUCAGGCGUACCAGACUGCUCCGUCCGGCCCUCCUACUCCUCGCUGGAACACAAACAUGAACGGCCAGACGCAACCUCCUGCAGGCCCUCCUGGACUUGCAGGCCCUGCUCGUUCUGGCAUGGCUCCUGGUGCUCCUCUCGGCCAGCAGCCUGGUAUGCUCGGCCAGCAGCAGCCUCAGCCUCAGCAGUCUCCCGCCCUCAACCAAUACUCCCACCCGGGCCAGCAGCAGCAGCAACAACAGCAGCCACCUGCACCGCUCCAGCAGCAGCAGCCGCAGCAUCUCCCUCCACCUGCUGUUUCGUCUGCUCCCGAGCAGGCCUCCGCAGCAAUGCCGCAACCCCCCGAGGCCGCCGCUGCCGCAGCCGAGCAGCCUUCCGCGGCUUCUUCGUCAAGCAACGUGGCCUCGCUCCUCAACGCGUCCACCAAACGUCAUCGCGAAUGGGAAGACGACCAGGGCUCCGAGAGCAAAAAGCAAGCCACAGAAGAGUCCAAGCGCUCGCCCGCGGCCACUCCUGCCGGGGACGUCAAGAUCCCUGCUCUGUCGUCCAUCUACGACUCGGAAAAUGGUCAACUUCCUCCCGUGUCCGCUCCGGCUGCGUCAGAGUCAGCGUCGGGUGAUACCCCCUCGCUGCCGUCUAUGCAGACAAAGCCGACCGAGGACGCGGCCAAGAUCGAUCUUCCCAAGGUUGACGCGCCAGCGACGUCGGAGCCUGCUGCCCUGCCUUCGAUCUCUGCGAAUCUGUCAUCACUUGCCUCAGCCGCGCUCGCGGCGCCGCCUAUCGCUUCAGCGUCUUCGUCGGCCUCGGUCACCCCUGCGCCAGCGUCCGAGUCUACACCCGCUCCUGCCGCGCCUGCAAAGUCUAGCUGGCUGUCGAGCGUGACUGGUCCGUCGGAUGCCGAAAAUGCUGCGGCCAAGAAGAAGCCCGCGGCGGAAGCUAUCAAGGAGUCGCCGAAGGAGAAAGCAGCAAGCCCUGCACCCUCGGCUUCGGCUACUACUGUGUCGGCUGCUGCUAGUCCCGCGACUACGCCGGCUGUGAGCUCGCCUAAGCCUGCUGCGCCCGCGCCUGCCUCGACCCCGGCUGUCGAGAAGGUGAUUGACGAGGUUCCCCAGCGCAAGGUUGACGAGGACGAAGACUACGACGAAGAAGACGAAGAGGAGACUCCCGCGAGCGCUCCGGCUCCGGCCACUGCCUCCAAGGGAACUGCCCCGGCCGAGAAGGAUGGCGACGUGGAGAUGGAGGACAAGCCUGCUGAAGUCGAGGCUGGCGAAGUUAAAGACGAGGAGAUGAAAGAUGCUCCGGCUUCCGUUGCGGUCGCUGCGAAGGAGAGUACUCCUCCUGCUGCUGCUGCCGCGAAGGAAACGACGAAGGAGAAAACACCAGAAGUCUCCGAGAAGAAGAUCGAGAGCGCGACCGCGAAGAAGGGGUCGGCUGAACCUGAAGCUGCUGCGACGAAAGAAGCUGAAAGUGAGAAGAAAGACGAGAGCAAGAAGGCAGAUAAGUGA